UCCAAAUCAAGCCUUCAAUCUUUUUUUACUAGUAAUUUUCCUCUUUUUCAGAUUUAUUUUUUCUUCUUUUCUCUGCCUUGAUGGAAACUAGACAUUAUUUCAAUUUUAUUUGUUUAAUUUAUGUUAUUUUGUGCGUAAAUUAUGAGUCAACUAGUGCUGUGGUACUAUUUAAACAUUCCAGUCACUCAAGAUUAUCAAAAUCAAGUAGCUCAUGUGAUUUAUUUCAGGGCAAUUGGAUUUAUGAUGAUUCAUAUCCAUUCUACAAUUCAUCCAUAUGUUCUUUUAUUGAAGGACAAUUCAAUUGCCAAGGAAAUGGAAGACCUGAUAAACUUUAUCUUAAGUACAAAUGGAAGCCUAAUGCAUGUGAAUUGCCCAAAUUUGAAGGAUUGGAUUUUUUGAAGAGGGUGAAGGGGAAGAAGAUAAUGUUCAUAGGGGACUCAUUGAGCCUUAACCAAUGGCAAUCACUUACAUGCAUGUUGCAUGCAGCCUUACCCCAUCUCAAUUACACACUCCAGAGAAAAGGAGACGUCUCCAAUUUUGUUUUUCAGGACUAUAAUGUUUCAUUGAUUUUAUCACGAAAUGCGUUUCUGGUAGAUUUGGUUAAAGAGAAAAUAGGGAGAGUUCUAAAGCUUGAUUCAAUCCAAAACGGCGUCGCUUGGAAAGGUUUCGAUAUGCUCAUUUUCAAUACAUGGCAUUGGUGGCUCCACAAGGGAAGCCAACAAUCAUGGGAUUUUAUACAAAAAGGAGAUCAAAUAUAUAAAGACAUGGAUCGAUUGGUGGCCUUUAAAGAAGGACUUAAAACUUGGUCCAAUUGGGUAGAAUCAAAUAUUGAUCCUAACAAAACAAGAGUAUUCUUUCAAGGCAUUUCUCCUACACAUUACAAUGGGCAAGAAUGGAGUGCUAGCAAGGCAAGUAGCAAUUGCAAUGGACAAACCCAACCAAUUAGUGGCUCAGUGUAUCCUGGGGGACCAAUGGCAGCAGCAACAGUUGUGAAGGAUAUUUUAAACAAUAUGUCAAAACCAGUGACAUUACUUGACAUUACAUUACUUUCCCAACUAAGAAAAGAUGGACACCCCUCAAUUUAUGGUAUUAAUAAUAAUUUCACAGAGACAAAAAAGGGCAAUGAUUGUAGUCAUUGGUGUCUUGCUGGUGUGCCUGAUACUUGGAAUCAACUCUUUUAUGCUCUUCUUCUUAACCAAUACAAAUCAUCAAAUACUAUAUGAUCAAAAUACAAAGGAUUCUUGUUUUUUUUCCGUCAAAUUAUUAUGA